UUAGAGAGCCCCCAAGGCUGGAGGAAGCGGAAAGUUCACUGUGGGGUCCAGCUCAGUCAAUUCGCGCUCCAUUCCGUCAUCUGUACGGAACUUUUGAGUGCCAACUGAAGUCAAAACAAUACAUAAAUAAUGUUCCACUUCAAUGCAAAUGAUUAAUCUGGUCUAUCGAUUGCCUUCCGAUCUGUCAAAGACUAUAUAAAAAUAAAAAAGCCCAUUCGAGAUUCAGAGUCGGUUUUGUUUGUGGCUUGGCUCAAACAACCACCAAAUCCAUCAUGGAUUCCCAGCUAUCCGAAAUGCAAGAAGAGGGGUGCUAUGUGAGUCUGACGCAUGAGUAUCUAAAUGCGCAAGAUGUCAUGAAUCGAGUGCGUAGCCCACAAGCAGGUGCAAUAGUUCUUUUUGCUGGUACAACGCGAGACAAUUUUGGGGGAAAGCCCGUCAAGGAGCUGCAAUACUCUGCAUACAACGCUUUAGCACUACGUUCUAUGCUUUCAAUCUGCAAAGAAAUUACCAACAAACACGGACUGAAAGGAAUUGCCAUGAUACACAGGCUAGGAACAGUCCCCAUUGGCGAAGAGAGCAUUCUCAUCGCCGUGUCAUCUCCACAUCGACAGGCAGCCUGGAGAGCCGGCGAAGAAGCUCUCGAGCAAUGCAAGGCUCGGGUCGAAGUAUGGAAACGGGAAGAGUUUGACGGUGAAGAGGGGGUUUGGAGAGCUAAUAGAGAUGGCACCAAGGGUGAGAAGAUUUCUCCUUCCGAACCCACCAUUCCGGAUGGCGAAAAGCCUACAUUCGAGAACAGCCAAGACGGCGCUUUCGGUCCCGUUAUACGACCAAGAAGGCCGGGAGAGAACGGCCAUGGUGCAGUUGUGCAUCAAGGGCCAUAUGAUAGUUAAAGAUGGUAUCAGGCGACCAUAUGCCCGUUUCUUGCUUCAUGAGAGCAGAAGGAACAAUCUAUUCGAAUUUUUUGAAAUAUGCCAACAGUGGCUACCCUAUGUAAAAUUAAUCUAUUUGAGCCUUUCUUUUUUUUU